AUUGUGACGUUUUAAAAAGUCCCCGAGCUGCACUCGCCUCUCCGCUCCCGGAGAAAGAAGCUUUCACCGCGGCCAGGAAGCAAGACCCCGCCACGCUCCAACCGCAUCACCGCCACUUAUACUACUUUCUACUCUUUUUGUUGUAUUUUGCUGUGGAAUAUGGCCUGCGGGGCGACGUUAAAGCGCUCGAUGGAGUUCGAGGCCCUCCUCAGUCCGCAGUCUCCCAAGCGGAGGAGGUGCACCCCCUUGCCGGGGACUCCUGGUACUCCGGCCCCGCAACGAUGCAACCUCCGCGCCCCGGUGCUGGACAGUCCGCCGCAGAGCACGGCAGGCGAGAGCAGACUCACACCAGAGCAGAUCUUCCAGAACCUCCGCCAGGAGUACAGCCGCAUCCAGAGGCGGCGGCAGCUGGAGGGGGCCUUUAACCAGACCGAGGCCCCCAGUCCCACUUCCUCCCUGCACGCCCCCAGCUCUCCACCAGGUGCCUCGAGACGGGACCAGCCCUCGUUCACGCUCAAGCAGGUGAGCUACCUGUGCGAGCGCCUGCUCAAAGACCACGAGGAGAAGAUCCGGGAGGAGUAUGAACAGAUCCUUAACACAAAACUGGCAGAGCAAUAUGAAUCCUUUGUGAAAUUCACACAAGAUCAGAUCAUGCGAAGAUACGGCGCUCGGCCCGCCAGCUACGUCUCCUGAACUCGACGAGAUUCCACUGGCUUCCUCUCUCUUUCUGUCACAAGCUGGCUGACCUUAUACGGCCCUUCUACCACACACACACACACAUAUACACACACACACACACACACACAGUGCCAUGGUUUAUCUGCUUUGUAUCCAAAACUAUUGCUGCUGGCCAAAACCUUUCAAAGAAAUGUUGAGAGACGAUGUUAUGUUAUGAAGCCCCGCCCCCUUCCAGCCCUCCCUUGAUAUUUUUCUUAGUUUUUUUUUUUUUUUUUUUUUUUUCUUAUUUUCCUCUGCAAAUCCCUUCUUCCCGUGUGGCCCGGCACUGUAGAAUAAAAGGCUUCUCAUGUGA